UUUCACAGCUCGACGUCGCGACUGCCUGCCUUGACAAGCUGCGGGAAGGAGCCCAUUGGAACCAUUUCUUGCUCCAAAUUUGAUUCAAAGGCUCGAGGGGCAUUUCCUUCACUUAUUGCGCGCCGGGGCACACAACUACGUUGACUUAAACUUUUGCAGAUACAAAAUAUUUUACUGAACUGACAGCGCCGCUCUGGUCGAAAGCGCGCGAGACUCAAUUUCUUGACUUCUUCCUGCUUUGACGCAAACCAUGGAGGAUUACUCUGAAGUUCGCGUGCAGCUGACACGUCGCUUUGCUGACUUCUUUGAAUAUGACUUCGUCACGCCCGGCCAAGGCUCGUGGAGCUAUGCGCGCGCAUUGGAGGACCUCUAUGAGCCUGUUGAGGGCGACGGCAAGGCGUACCGCAUUAAGUCGCGGAGGCUUAUGGUUGCGGAGCACCACCUGCGGAAGUUCGACGAGCCUCUGCUGCUUCAGCUCCUGCAGAAGCCCCUCGAGUGCCUGCCCGCAUUCGAGGAUGCGCUUACCAACUUCGUGAAGAGCGGCGUUGACGCGGUCCUGCAGCGGCUGCUGGAGGAGACAGGCAAUGACAACCUUUACAUCGGCCUGAAGGGCGACUUCGGCCGCAGCGAGGUGUCGCCCCGCCAGCUGACCUCCGACCUGCUCAACCAGCUUGUAUGCGUGUUCGGCAUCGUGACCAAGUGCUCGCUCGUGCGCCCCAAGCUGGUGUCCUCGGUGCACUACUCGGAGGCCACCAAGGAGUACACGACCAACCAGUACCGCGACGUGACCUCCAUGCGCGGCGCGCCCACCCAGGGCACCUACCCCCAGUACGACACGGCUGGCAACCCGCUGACCACGGAGUUCGGCCUGUGCAAGUACAUUGACAACCAGACGCUGCACAUUCAGGAGCUGCCGGAGACCGCGCCGCCAGGCCAGCUGCCGCACUCGACCGAGAUUGUGCUGGAGGCGGACCUGGUGGACUCAGCGAAGCCCGGCGACCGCAUCGCCGUGGUGGGCAUCUACAAGCCGCUCACCAGCCGCCAGGCGGGCCACAUCUCCGCCGUCUACAAGGCCGUGCUGGUGGGCAUCUCGGUCCAGAAGCUGAACAAGGACAGCCAGACCAAGGUGACCAUGGCGGACGCGCGAGAGAUCAAGCGCCUGGCCUCCAAGCCGCGUGUGCUGGACCUGCUGGGCGCGUCGCUGGCGCCGUCCAUCUUCGGCCACGACAUCAUCAAGAAGGGUCUGGCGCUGAUGCUGUUCGGCGGCCUGGAGAAGACGCUGGAGAACGGCACCCACCUGCGUGGCGACAUCAACGCCCUCAUGGUGGGUGAUCCCGGUGUGGCCAAGUCGCAGCUGCUGCGCGCCGUCAUGAACAUCGCGCCGCACGCCGUGUCCACCACCGGUCGCGGCUCUUCGGGCGUCGGUCUGACGGCCGCCGUCACCAGCGACGGCGAGACCGGUGAGAAGCGCCUGGAGGCGGGUGCCAUGGUGCUGGCGGACCGCGGCGUGGUGUGCAUUGACGAGUUCGACAAGAUGAGCGACCAGGACCGCGUGGCCAUUCACGAGGUGAUGGAGCAGCAGACGGUGACCAUCGCCAAGGCCGGCAUCCACACCUCGCUCAACGCGCGGUGCUCGGUGCUGGCCGCCGCCAACCCCCUGUACGGCAGCUACGACCGCCACAUCAGCGUCACGCGCAACGUCAACCUGCCCGACUCGCUGCUGUCGCGUUUCGACCUGCUAUUCGUGGUGCUGGACUCCAUGAACGACGAGCGCGACCGCCAGGUCGCCCUGCACGUGCUGCGCCAGCACCAGUACCGCCCGCCCGGCGACGACGGCCGCGGCGCCACCAACCUGCAUGAGACCAUCCACGACCGCCGCCUGUCGCUGGACCAGGACCCCGAGGACCUGCGCAUGUGGCUCAAGAUCGACACCCGCCUGCACGGCGCCGCCGCCGAGGCUGAGCAGCAGGUGCUGACCACCGAGUUCCUGCGCAAGUACCUCAUCUUCGCCAAGCGGAAGUACGCGCGCGCCGCUCAGAGCGCCGGCGGCAAGGGCGGCAGCUCUGUGCUGACCAUGGAGGAGACCGCCAUCAAGCGCAUCGUGGACUACUACGUGUCGCUGCGCGCGCUGCCGCCCACGCAGCGCAACUUCCCCGUCACGCCGCGUUGCCUGGAGACCAUCAUCCGUUUGGCCACCGCGCACUGCAAGGUGCGCCUCGGCGACGUGAUCAGCCGCCAGGACGUGGCGGUGGCGUGCGCGCUGCUGGACCACGUCAUGCGCCGCGAGAUCGUGGGUGAGGACGACCACGCCAACAAGGCCACCAAGGCCGCCCGCCGCAACGGCGGCGACGACGACGACAACGGCGACGAGGACGGCGGCGACGCGCCUGCGCACGGCCGCCAGGAGCAGGAUGAGGAGAUGGCGGAUGCGGAUGGCGCCGCGGCGGCGCCCGCCACCGGCGCCUACGGCGCUGAGGCCCCUGCCAGCGCCCGCGCGCGCCGCACGAAGCGCGCCCGCGACGCCGACGCCGCCGGCCCCAGCGGGCAGGAGGGCAACGAGCCGACGGGUGAGGUGGCGGCGCGCGGCCGCCGCCCCCGCGCCGCGCCGUCCGGCCUGACGGGCGAUGUGGCGACUGCGCUGGCGGCGGCGGGCGUGCAGGUGGUGCCGGACGGCCACGAGGAGGCCAUGGCGGCGCAGGAGGCCUCGGGCAGCGAGACGUACACCACCCUGGAGUCCCUGACGGACGCGGUGAAGAAGGCGGUGAACGAGCAGGUGGCCGCCAUCCUGGAGCAGCGCGGCCGCGACGACCUGGUGGAGCUGGCCGAGCUCAAGCGCUGCGUGGCGGACCAGGGCUUCUCCAUCUCCUCGGACGCGCUGGGCGCCUACCUGACCUGGAUGUCCGCCAACCACGACACUGAGAUGGCCAAGGGCAACUACCUGCCCGACAUCGCCUACGACGUGGAGAGCAAGCUGUUCAGCUUCAUGUAAGCUAGCUGUUUAGCUUCGUGUCAGCAGGCAGCUUGGCAGCUCGCACGGAGCCAUGCCGUGGCUGAUCGCAGAAGCAGGGUGCGGUGUCCUGGGAUGCGGCGAUGUGGCGGAACGCGGGGUCGUUUCCAGGUGUUGGUGGCGGUGGGCUUGUUCGGGAUGCGAGCGGGUAUAUGGUAACACUCGAAGAUGGGGGCGAACCUAGCUGUGUUGGUUCUUUUGGCCCCCGGUCCUGGCGCAAUCACUGGGGCACUCGAGUUGGAGUGUGCGCUCUUGAUUCAUGGGCUUGUCGUGAGGACGUGGAUGUCGAACAGAUAGAUGUGGUGGGUGGUGGGAGCUGGCUGCGUGAAUGGCUGGGCAGGCCGCAGGCUCCUUUAAGAGCUAGGCGUUCAGAAGUAUGGACAUGUUUAGAUGGGCAAGAGACAAGGAUGCCAAUUGCAUCUACGCUGCAUACCGUAUACGGUGUGCGUUCGGACUGUGGAGUGGAAUAGAGCAUGGCACGCGCCCCAUCUUCCCUGGCCCAGCAUUCUGUGGUCCAGGGGCAGUGGGGGUUUCGCAGUGCUACGGUAGCAGGCCCGUCGGCCGCACGUGCACAACGCACAGCAGGUUGCGGGUGCUUACACGACGAACUCGGAUGGAUGACCUUAAGACCGCCGAAGCAUCGUCGAUAAUGCUGAUGAGCAAUCGCGAAGGUCUCCCUGGUUCUGUAACA